CAGUUGGAAACACUGAGACGAAUCAGUCGAGGGACUGGCCCGACAGCGAGGGGUGGAACCCCGAGACUUAAAGGGCUGCGGACUUGUGCAAACUCUUUAGAUACGUUUUCAUAUUGUUUGAUGAAGUUUUAAAUAGAGACACUGUAAAUACUAUGUGAGCAUAACUUCUCCAAAUAAAUACGUCGUACUGUAAACUGCUCUGUGCCUGUGAACAAGACUUCACGACAAAGAAUGAAAAAAAGAGGAAGUGGGAGGAAGUGCAUCUGAGAGCAGAUACUGUGAGAAGCUGUGAACGCCAUCACUCUAAUCAGCACACCUACAAGGAGCUGUUUUCUAGCUUGCAUGAUAGGAGAUGCUAAUAAAAAAUGUUGCAUCCCCUUUCAAAGUGUGAAAACUUCCUUUUUCUGUAAAGUCUCAUUCUCGGAGUGAGGCUGUGUGUGACAGACUGAUACAAGUGGGUCCUCUGAGAAAUCCAGCUGUAGUCCCACAUGAGAUGGAGGCUCAGACAGUCAUGUGGUUGGUUUUUCUGGCCCUAAUAAAACAUGUGUCUACCAUUGAUCCUAGCAGUCCCUUUAAACUAGAACCUGGUGUGCUGCUAGCUACUGAAGGAUCCUGCGUUGAAAUGAAAUGCCAAGUGAAAAGACAUGUUGAUGAUCGUGAUGCAAACUGGUUUUGGAUGAAAGAUAUACUAUGGGUCGACAGAGACUAUACAUCCACUGUCAUUUACAGCACAAACACCUUGACACGUCCGGUCAGUCCUGACUUUGCAAACAGAGUGAAAUACACUGGUUCUCCAUCUUCAAGUUGGCAGAAUGCUAACUCUGCCAGGUUGAAGCCACGGUGCAGUAUUUGGAUCUGUGACCUGAGAAGAAGUGACAGCGGAAAAUAUUCUCUGAGAUUCGAAGGGACGGGGAGUUGGAAAUGGUCAUCUGAAGAAGUGACCCUCAACGUUGAAGAUCCGCCCACUGAACCUAAACUGUCUAUGAGUUCUGAGGUCACAGAAGGUCAGACCAUCACCAUCAACUGCACUGCUGAAAGUUUCCCACAGUCAACUCUCACCUUGAUGAAGAUCAACACAAAUAAUCAGGCUGAAAUAAUCCCUGAAACUAAUAUUAAUUCACGACCCAUCAACCCUGUCUCCCACACGUUUACUGUGACUUCAGCCGACGCUGGCCGGUACUUCUGCCGUGCCCAGAACGCUGAGGUCUAUAAGGACAGCAUGUGGAAGAAGUUGGUGGUGAAAUACCCGCCCACUGAACCUAAACUGACUAUGAGUUCUGAGGUCACAGAAGGUCAGACCAUCAGAUUCACCUGCACUGCUGAAAGUUUCCCACAGUCAACUCUCACCUUGAUGAGGAUCGACACAAAUAAUCAGUCUUUAAGAAUCACUGAAAAUAAUCUUUAUUCACGACCCAUCAACUCUCUCUCCCACAAGAUUAAUGUUACUUCAGCCGACGCUGGCCAGUACUUCUGCCGUGCCCAGAACACUGAGGGCUCAAAGAACAGCAAGCAGCAGGAGUUGGUGGUGAAAUACAGUCCCAACAAUGUGACAGUUCAAGCCAAUCCUGGUCUUGAUGUGAAGAAAAAUGCGUCGUUGACACUGAGCUGUUCUGCCGAGUCCAACCCACCAGUGAGCUCUGUCACCUGGAGGAAGACGACUGAUGGGAGAGAGGAAAUCAUCCAACAGACUCAGACUCAGACCUUCAGGGUGAAUUCAACCAGUCCCUCUGACAGUGGACUGUACAGCUGUGAAGCCACCAAUGACAUUGGAAGUGGAAAGUCACAGCCAGCUGAGGUUAAAGUCAGAUACAGUCCCAACAAUGUGACAGUUCAAGCCAAUCCUGGUCUUGAUGUGAAGGAAAAUGUGUUGUUGACACUGAGCUGUUCUGCUGAGUCCAACCCACCAGUGAGCUCUGUCACCUGGAGGAAGACGACUGAUGGGAGAGAGGAAAUCAUCCAACAGACUCAGACUCAGACCUUCAGGGUGAAUUCAGCCAGUCCCUCUGACAGUGGACUGUACAGCUGUGAAGCCACCAAUGACAUUGGAAGUGGAAAGUCACAGCCAGCUGAGGUUAAAGUCAGAUACAGUCCCAACAAUGUGACAGUUCAAGCCAAUCCUGGUCUUGAGGUGAAUGAAAAUGUGUCGUUGACACUGAGCUGUUCUGCCGAGUCCAACCCACCAGUGAGCUCUGUCACCUGGAGGAAGACGACUGAUGGGAGAGAGGAAAUCAUCCAACAGACUCAGACUCAGACCUUCAGGGUGAAUUCAGCCAGUCCCUCUGACAGUGGACUGUACAGCUGUGAAGCCACCAAUGACAUUGGAAGUGGAAAGUCACAGCUAGCUGAGGUUAAAGUCAGAUACAGUCCCAACAAUGUCACAGUUCAAGCCAAUCCUGGUCUUGAUGUGAAGGAAAAUGUGUCGUUGACACUGAGCUGUUCUGCUGAGUCCAACCCACCAGUGAGCUCUGUCACCUGGAGGAAGACGACUGAUGGGAGAGAGGAAAUCAUCCAACGGACUCAGACUCAGACCUUCAGGGUGAAUUCAGCCAGUCCCUCUGACAGUGGACUGUACAGCUGUGAAGCCACCAAUGACAUUGGAAGUGGAAAGUCACAGCUAGCUGAGGUUAAAGUCAGAUUUUCUCCAAAACACACAUACCUCGCGUGGUCAGCAGAGAAGCAGGAGCUUGACGGGAGGAGCUCCGUGAUGCUGAGCUGCUUCAGUCACAGCUUUCCCCCAGUCCAACACUACUCAUGGUACAGGAAGAGUCAGGGAGAGGAACAGGAUGAAAAUGUGUCCGAGCAUCAAAACCACAUUGUCUACUCAAACCAGCCAGGAGUCUACUACUGCAUCGCACAAAAUGAAGUAGAUCAAAGUUCGUCUGAUCCCGUCCAUCUGUUUGAACCCACAGGAGACUAUCUGGAGAACCUGAGGUUCCUCGUUGUUGCUCUACUUCUCCUGAUGAUUAUCAGUGUAAUUGUGGUAAAUUUAAGAUACUGGAGGAAAUCUAUUCAACAAGGAACAACAAACACCAAGUCCCCUUCUGGUUUAUCGAAUGAACCAGAGAGCCUGCAGGACUAUGAAAACAUUAGUAAUGCAGCUGCACCAACAUCUUCAAAUCUAUUUGACGACCACACCAGUGAAGGUGAAGUGGAGCUGAACUUUCCACAGGUGAGAUUCACAGCGACGCCCCGACGUCAGACGACCAACAGAGACUCCAGCAGCUCACACCAAGAUGAGAGUUAAUACUCUGACGUCAGGAUUUGACCCGAGAUGUUCUCGUCCUGCUUUUUACAGCUACCUCGGGCCUGAGGAAGUUUAUAUUCACAAUAAGUCAUCACAGAGAGUCUGAAGUUUGUGUGUUAAGCUAAAUAGGUCGUAAUGUUAAAACUAGUUAGCAAGAAGGCACAGAAGUUACAUUACUGAGCUAAAGUGGAUAAGUAUUUUAAACUGUUAUUCAAAGGUUUUGGGGAAAUAGGUGAACUCAGCAAAAUGUGAGGGAUAAACGGUUAAAAUGCUUAUUUUGCAACUUAAAAUGUAAAUAAUGUGAGUUUAAAAUGAUUGUAUUAAAAUCUUUUUAUUUUAUCUAUAUAUAUUAAUGACAUGCAGUUAAACAAGAAAUGCAGAGAAUCACUGCUGAAUGUAUUUUUUUGUGCUUUCCAGUUUUGUGAACUUAAUCCAAACCCCCACACCUGAAAUAUUAAUAUCCUGUUGCUCAAAAUAAAAUGAAAUAUGUUGGAACAAAUUA